CUCGACAGUACGAAAAUUCCUUGACCGUAAGUCUGUAUUACCAAGACAAAUCGCAUCAGCCUAGACGAAAAUGCUAGUCUGUCUACCCACCCUGGGUGGUGAUUACCUAUGUCGACAAAGUGUAAAGCUGAGACUCUAGCUAGACGACAUUCCCCACCUGUUGGCGGAUCGUUUGAGUAAGCAACAGACUAAACGAGGUUCGGCAGGCUCCGAAACAUUCGGCUUGAACAGCACUAAAGUGGAAAGUUAACUGCUGCCCUGGAACGGUCAAAUCCUUGAAGAUAUGUAGUUUUAUAAUAACUCUCACUCUUCACCUGUGUCGUGCUGGUCUUAUGUAAGUAAUAGGAACUGUAAUUUCGUCUACGUUUUGCUGUCUCCGAAAUCCCUAUCUUACCAUUCAUCAUGAUGUUAUCAAUGUAUUUUCGCCAGUAUCACGAGAGUUUCAGUCCCUUGUACGAGGAACCCCUUUUAGAAACCGAAUCCUGGUCAAAUAUGUCUUCAGGAGAGGACACCGAAUCGCUUAAAAUGGUGCGUCAGAUUGAUUCUCAGUUCUUGAAGUGUGGAAUUUGCCUUAACAAGUACACAAAUCCGAAGGUUCUCCCCUGCCUACAUACCUUUUGCGAGGCGUGUCUUUUAAAUUACAUUCCAGCAGAAAGCCUAACACUAACUUGUCCUGUCUGUCGACAACAGUCUAUACUUCCAGAACAAGGAAUACGUGGACUCCAGAAUAAUUUUUUCAUCUUGAAAAUGAUGGAAAUCUUAGACAAGCCCACAGCCUGUCACGGCUGUAACUGCAGAGUUCCGGGAACAUUUAAGUGUAUUAUUUGUAACCAGUUUCUGUGUGAUUCAUGCACCAGGUUGCAUCAAAAAGAAAUGUCUACCAGUGGACAUCAAGUUCUUUCUUUGAGUGAAAUAGUUCUGUUUAAGGAAGAGGGAAAAUCUAAGGAUCACUUUUCCUUAAUGUGUCCAAAACACCAGAGCCAAACUCUGAAAUUUUAUUGCAUCGAAUGUGAAACACCUAUUUGCGUAACGUGCACAGACAUUGAACACGGUGGACAUUCUACUACACGCAUGCAAGAGGCUGUAGAAGACCAGAAAGCAACCUUAAAAAACCUUGUGGAAAAAGCUUACUCUCAGGUCCCAGACUUCAGAGAAUCUUUGGAUUCUAUCACUGCCCUAUCGUAUGCUCUUUCUAACAAACAAUCUAAGAUAUCUAAAGACAUUUGUUUUACCUUAGAUUCUGUCACGGAACUUGUCCAGUUGAAAAAGGCCUUCUUGUUGAAAGAGCUCGAUGAAUGCCACAGACGAAAACAACAAGUUUUGCAGGAACAGAAGGAAUACUUGGAAUUGUGUUUAAAAGACCUCACAAAUAGCUGUGAGUUUAUUGAAAAUACUUUAAAUUACGGUAGUGACACUGAAAUUUUUCUUGUUAACAAACAGAUGGCUGAAAAGAUUUCUGAAUUCUCAGAAAUGUCUGUCCAAAAUAUGCCAGAAGAAAAUGACUACAUUGUCUUUAAAGGAGCUGACCUGGGAGUCAUUAAGAAAACGUUAAACACUUUGGGGAGCAUACAGACCAAUAGUGCCGUGGCAUAUGAAACUACAGCUUCGGGAGAAGGGUUAAAACAAUGUGUUGUUGGCAAACAAACUCUUGUCAAUGUUGUCCCUAAAGAUAGGUUUGGAGAGAUUGUAAAAGACGGGAAUAUGCUGUUUGAGACAGAUAUUAGCUCUUCGGAACUUUCUGUAACUUUGAUUCCAGACAUACUCGAUCAGAAGAAUGGUAGUUAUGAUAUUGUAUACAGUAUAUCUAAGGAGGGAGUAUACAAACUUACAAUUAAAUUGUUUGGAAAACACAUUAAAGGUAGCCCUUUUGAAGUGAAAGCAUUUGUCGAAGAAGAAAGUUCAUCUAGUGACCGGCCUACGAGUUCCAAGAUACCCAGAACCACUGGUGUCAGACAGCGUAACUCCAGACGUUCAUCCACUAAUAUAUCCAGUGAAUCCCAGCGCAAAAAUAAUCUUUUUGACGAUGAUUUAGUAAUGAGAGUGGGUAAUAGAGGGCGUGGUAAAGGAGAAUUCACUAACCCUCAGGGCGUUUGUUGUACACCAGACAACCGAAUUGUGAUUGCAGAUAGUAACAACCAGUGCAUCCAAGUUUUCACCAAGGCAGGUGACUGUAAGCUGCGUUUCGGGGUCAGAGGUCGAAGUCCCGGCCAAAUUCAAAGACCAACAGGUGUUGCAGUCACAGCUAACGGCAAUUACGUCAUAGCAGAUUAUGAAAAUAAACUUCUAAGUAUAUUUGAUCCUAGCGGGAAAUAUGUAAGCCGUAUGGGUGUAGGUAAACUUUUAGGCCCAAAGGGAGUAGCUGUCGAUAAAAAUGGCCACAUCAUUGUUGUAGACAACAAAGCAAGUUGUUUAUUGAUAUUUCAGGAAAACGGAAAACUGUUAAAUAAAUUUGGCACUAGGGGGAGCGGUCCAAAUAAGUUUGCUGGACCACACUAUGCAGCUAUAAACAGUAAAAAUCACAUCAUUGUAUCAGACUUUCACAAUCACUGCAUCAAAAUAUUUGACUCUGAUGGUGAAUUUGUCUCCAUGUUUGGGUCCAAUGGGGAAGGAAACGGACAGUUCAAUGCCCCAACAGGUGUCUGUGUCGACAGACAAGACAACAUCUUGGUAGCUGACUGGGGAAACAAUCGAAUUCAGAUUUUUGACAGUAGUGGGUCGUUUUUGUCUUUUGUCAAUACUUAUGGAGAUCCCUUAUACGGUCCGCAAGGGUUAGCUGUGACGUCAGAUGGUUGCGUGGUGGUGUCAGAUUCCGGAAAUCAUUCUUUCAAGGUCUACAAGUACUUACAGUAAAUCAAGUUUAGCUUAAAGGACUGUCCACCUAUACUUAAAAUGUUUCCACUUUCCUCAUUGAGAAGCCAUCAUUCGCAGAAGAAGAAAAAACCCUCCCUCUGCAUUCAAGACUACACACAGCUUCAUUAUUUACUGAAAUAAAUUUGUUCUUAAUAUAUAUAUAGUAAUUUUGAAACUUUCUUGGAUGUCGUUUUGUUUGGACUUGUGUUCAAUCCUUUCCUUAGAGUAUAACGAACAACUAGUGUCAUCUUAUGGUGAACAAGCUAAUUUGUGGAUCAGUUAAACUUGCAGAUAGUUAAAUCAACUUCCAGCCUACGUAAAGCCAACUAGAAAUUUGUGAUAACAACAUAUUGACGUUCAACGAAUUUUCCGUGAACAAUAGAUAAAUCUAGUAGACUUAGGGACAGAUUAUAAUUUCAUAAUUGUUAAAUUACUAUGAACCAUCAAACUUUAUGCCAUCAGCAAACAUCAAGUUCAACUGUCAUGAUUAGCUUUAUUACAUGCGUUAAGCAAACCUAAACUCAAAUUUAGUUAAACAGUUGAAUAUUACUGUAGUAUGCUUUAAACAGAUGACUUUUAUUAUUAGUCUCUUCUUUUUUUUACCUGAAACGCCUGUAAAUUUUGUGAAUAAACGUGCAGCUGUUUAUGGUUAAUA